AUGUUUCGCAAUGUUGAAGCUGAAUUGCAUGAAAUAGAGAUUGAGUCUAUUGAUGAAACUAGAGAAGCAGCUUCUACUACAGCAGAAGCUGAAUUACCUCCUACACAUCCAAUCAGACUGGGUUUGGCCUUGAAUUUCUCUGUAUUUCAUUAUGAAAUUAUGAACUCCCCUGAAAGGGCCUGUUACCUGGCAAAGCAAGCUUUUGAUGAAGCUAUCCCAAAGUUGGAUACUUUGAACGAGGAAUCUUACAAAGAUAGCACUUUAAUUAUGCAGCUCUUGAGGGAUAACCUCACAUUGUGGACUUCUGACAUCCCAGAGAAUGAAGGUAACUUGUAG